UCAUAAUAAAAAUAAAAGAUAAAAAACUGAAGAAUAAUAAUCACCUGUUUCAAUGACAAUACUUCCAGGAACAAGAUCCAGCAGAUGAAUAAUCAAACUUAUGUCAGGCGUAUAAAUAAUUUGGGUUCUAUGAGGAAGAGUUACCGUCCAUAAUUCUGGAGUAGGUUGUAACACAUACGCCCAACCACGUGUCAGUUCUACCUUGGUACCAUACUUUUUACCGAUUAACGAAGGAAUUUUCAGAGCACCGUGGGUAGUUUGAAAGACAUUAUCAACCAGUUCUCCUUUUUUGUUUACUAUUUUGUGCGUAACCUCAAAGCAGUGCAUUUUUUGAGGUCCGAAAUAUAAAACCACGACAUCACCUUCUUCAAUAAUGGAUUUAGUUUUAGCAAAAAUACAUUUUUCAAAAACGAUGGAUGCACAAGCGUCAGGAAGUAAAGAUUCAGCAGAAAAAACAGCCGGUAUGUCGACCAAAAAGCCGACUUGUAUUAUUGUAUUAGGAAUGGCAGGUUCUGGCAAGACUACAUUUGUCAAUUCAAUUAUUACUCAUCUUUAUAAAACUGGGACUCCGUAUGGAAUUAAUUUAGAUCCAGCUUGCAAAGAUGUACCUUACCCAGCAAAUAUUGACAUUAGAGAUACUGUUAAUUACAAAGAAGUGAUGAAACAAUAUCGCUUGGGUCCUAACGGGGCGAUUGUCACUACCUUAAACUUGUUCGCCACAAAAUUUGACAAGGUGAUUGAACUAAUCGACAAAAGCAACAACGAGUAUGUGAUUAUAGACACUCCAGGACAAAUUGAAGUAUUCACGUGGUCAGCGAGUGGUGCAAUAAUAACUGAAACAUUGGCAUCACAGUUUCCUACAAUUAUUGUCUAUGUUAUGGAUGCUGUCAGAAGCCACAAUCCUGUAACUUUUAUGUCCAAUAUGCUUUAUGCUUGCUCCAUUCUCUAUAAAACUAAGCUACCAUUUAUUGUUGUUAUGAACAAGAUUGAUAUUGUUGACCACAGUUACGCUGUAGAAUGGAUGGAAGACUACGAAGCCUUUGAAAAUGCCUUGAAUUCAGAGUCGAGUUACAUGAGUAAUUUGUCAAGAAGUAUGGCUUUAACUCUAGAUGAAUUUUAUCGUGAUUUAAAGAGUUGUGGAGUGUCAGCGCGCGAACACAUAGGCAUUGACGAAUUUUUCAAUCUAGUUGAAGAUGCUGUUGAUGAAUAUAAAACAAUUUACAAGAAAGAAUGGGAUAUAAUAAAAUUGGAGCAAACUGAUGAAAGAAAAAAACAAGAAAAGCAAUUAGAAAAGGCUGCGUUUAAUCAACAAUCUCUCAUAUCAGCGGUGUCGCAGGGUGCUGAAGUUAUUUCCAAGGUAUCGAUAAAAGUUCCAGGCGAUGAUGAUUCUACUGAUGAGGAAGGAGAAGAAGUUCAAAAAGGUGAUGAGGAAGUUGAAGAAGUAGAAUUUUUGAGUAAUUUUAUCAAAAGUCAUCAAAAAGCUCAGAAUGAUAGACUGGCUAAAAAUCAAGAACAUUCUUAG